AUGGCAAAUCCAAACUUGAUUACUUUAAAAUUUUCAAUAUUGCUAACCAUUAUACUUGUGGUUAAUGCUACUGAUAAAGGUUUCAAUCCUAAGGUACCUGUUAUAAUUCAGAAUGAUAUAACACCACAUCCAACUCCCUUAAAUCUCACUGUUCAUUGCAAAUCCAAAGAUGAUGAUCUUGGAUUUCACACACUCGUAUUCGGACAAAAGUACAUAUUUUCAUUUAGGCCAAAAUCUAAUAUGAGUCGACGGAUUGAUUCUAUUAAGGAGAUUAAUGACAACAAGGAGACAUGGAGACUGGCUGUUCGAGUUCUUGAUGUUUGGAUCAUUGUUAACAAUAAGGAUUUAGCUAAAUUCGACUUGCAUGCUCUUGCCUAUUAUUUGUUGUGUCCUGUUGGAGUGAGAAGGUGGCAAUAUGUCAUUUUUUACCUCUGCCCUGAAUAG